ACUUUCAGAUGAUCCAAACACUCUGUAUCUUAUUCUUAACCUCCAGUUACUUGAACCUGAAGCUCCAAUCAACUCACAUCUUCAUCUGCGCAAGAUGAGGAUUCUACUCUGCAACGCCUCCUCUUCACUACUCCCUCUCUCUCCAUCCUCAACUCCAGCUCACAAACCUCCACUCCUUCACGCCACCACUUCCAACAGCAACUGCUGGCCGAAUAAAGCACUAAAGGCUCUCUUCACCGGAGCUCUCUCGCUCAAUCUUUUGCUCUCUUCACCGUCUUCACUCGCGAUAGACUCUCCGUCUCUACAGUCAACCUCACCUUCACCUUCUGACGUUUCUUUAACUCAGUCUUGUCGCGAAGACGACGAGAUAGAAGCGUUGGCUCAGAGUGAGUCUCAAGUGGUGACGAAUGAAGGAAUUGUGGAAGAGGCUUGGCAGAUUGUUAAUGAUAGCUUUCUUGACACUGGACGCCAUCGCUGGACUCCACAAAACUGGCAGCAAAAACGGGAGGAUAUUUUGGCUUCUUCAAUUCAAACAAGAUCAAAGGCGCAUGGUAUGAUUAAAAGAAUGUUGGCCAGUUUGGGCGAUCCGUAUACUCGUUUUCUUUCGCCUGCUGAGUUCUCCAAGAUGGCGAGGUAUGACAUGUCUGGUAUUGGGAUAAACCUUAGGGAGAUUCCUGAUGAUAAUGGAGGUGUAAAAUUGAAGGUACUGGGACUUAUCUUGGAUGGUCCAGCGCAUGUUGCUGGAGUAAGACAGGGUGAUGAAGUCUUAGCUGUCAAUGGAGUGGAUGUUAGAGGAAAAUCAGCUUUUGAAGUGUCAUCUUUAUUACAAGGCCCCAAUGAAACAUUUGUAACAAUUGAGGUCAAGCAUGGCAACUGUGGACCAAUUCAAUCCUUAGAAGUCCAAAGACAACUUGUUGCCAGAACCCCGGUCUUUUACCGGUUGGAACAAAUAGACAAUGGCUCUACUUCUGUUGGGUAUAUGCACCUAAGAGAGUUCAAUGCUUUGGCUAGAAAAGAUUUGGUCACAGCAAUGAAGCGACUUCAAGACAUGGGUGCUUCAUUUUUCGUUCUGGAUCUUAGAGAUAAUCUUGGUGGACUAGUACAGGCUGGAAUUGAAAUUGCCAAACUCUUUCUGAAUGAAGGGGAAACGAUCACUUACACAGUUGGAAGGGAUCCCCAGUACCAAAAGACUAUUAUUGCAGAUUCUUCACCAUUGGUUACCGCUCCUGUUAUUGUUUUGGUGAACAACAAAACUGCUAGUGCAAGUGAAAUUGUUGCCUCUGCACUUCAUGAUAACUGUAGAGGCGUUCUUGUGGGAGAAAGGACUUUUGGCAAGGGAUUGAUUCAAUCUGUGUUCGAACUUCGUGAUGGAUCUGGUGUGGUUGUCACCAUUGGGAAGUAUGUCACACCAAAUCAUAUGGACAUAAAUGGCAACGGAAUCGAGCCUGAUUAUGGAAGUUUCCCAGCUUGGAAUGAUGUCACCCAACAUCUUUCACAGUGCAACAUGCAUCGGCAAGGGUAAAAAAACAGUUUUUCGGAUGGGCUCUGUAUUCUGCUUUCCCUCGCAUGUCAAAGCUGCCACGCCCGUCCUGAAAAAUUAUUGUCUG